AUGUCCGUCCUAUCAGAGAACAUCAAGACCAACUGGGUCUUUGGCUCGCCUCUGCCGUUUGCCGAGGCGCCCUGGGCGCGGGGAUGCCCGAGCCCGUAUUACAAGGAAAGCCACCGCAGACUACGGCAAGCGAUGAGAGCCUGGGUCGAUAAGCACCUCUUGCCGCAUGUCCAGGACUGGGAAAUCGCGGCGACACUACCAGACGGUCUUUACGAACAGGCGGCGAAGGAUGGCCUCUUGAUGCCCAUGGCCUCCGGGGCCAAGGUCCACCCUGAAUGGAAGGGAAAGUAUCCCAUCAUUGGCGAUGUUCCUGCCGAUGAGUGGGAUGGCUUCCACGAUUUGAUCAUCCACGAUGAGUUUGGCAGGAUAGGCGGCAUCGGUGUCGAAAAUGGCCUUGUUGGUGGUGUCACCCUGGCAGUUCCUGCGCUGCAAAAGUUUGGCUCAGAGAAGCUGAAGAAGACUGUUGUCCACGAUAUUCUUUCCGGUCGUGCCCGUAUUGCGCUGGCCAUCACAGAGCCAGAAGCCGGCUCCGAUGUGCAAGGUCUUCAGACUGAAGCAAGGCUGUCAGAUGACGGAUCUCAUUUCAUCGUCAACGGCCAGAAGAAGUGGAUCACGUCCGGAAUGUACUCGAACUACUUCCUCGCCCUGGUCAAAGAGACGACUGGAGAUAUGACCCUGCUCGUGAUACCAAGGACUGAAGGCCUCACUACAAGGCACAUGACCAUGUCGGGAUCCACGGCCGCCGGCACGGCAUUUGUCGACCUUGACAAUGUUCGCGUCCCCAUUGACAUGGUCGUCGGUGAACGAGGCAAGGGCUUCAAAUACAUCGUGUCGAACUUUAACCACGAGCGGCUGUUCAUUGGGUUUCAAGCUCUGCGAUGCGCGAGGGUGUGCCUCGAGGACUCGAUCUCCUACGCAUUGAGCCGAGAGACCUUUGGGAAGAAGCUCGUAGAGCAUCCCGUCAUCAGGUUCAAGUUCGCCAACAUGAGCCGAGAAACGGAAGCUUUGCAGUCUUGGAUCGAGAGCUUGAUCUACCAGUUGUCGCAGCUGGCUCCGGCCGAGGCAGACCUCUUGCUCGCGGGCACGACGGCGCAGCUCAAGGCUCACUCGGGCAUCGUGCUGGAGCACGUCGUGCGCGAGGCGGUGCAGAUCCUCGGCGGCAUCGGUCUUACGAGAGGUGGUCGUGGCGAGCGUGUCGAGCGCAUCUGGCGCGACGUCAAGGCCAUUACCGUGCCGGGCGGGAGCGAGGAGAUCCUACUUGACCUGGCGACGAGGCGGGCGUUGAAAAUCUCGGAUGAACUGCGACUGGUGACGGGCAAGGGCGUCAAGAGCCGGAUGUAG